CUCCAGCACCACACCAAACAGCAGCAGAUUCUUUCAAGGUUUUCAGCGAGUAAGAAUAUGUGCAGAUGCUGUGGCGCUUCCUGUUUAAGUGCAUUUGGUCUCCUGCUCAUUCGGAGAGGACAGCAGGAGACUCUCAGGUCCAGCUCACAGACCACACCUUUUAGAGCCUCGGCCAAAUAGAACGCUGUUCCAGGUGUCCUCAUGGGACCAACAAGCCUUGGUCCUUCUGAGGUUCAGCUCAGUCCCUAUGGCCUCCGACAUGGAUUUGGUAUUGAGGAGAACCUCCAUCCCUUUCCAUCUCCCCCAGGAAGCUCGCACCACCUGAGCAACUCGGUUCUCCUGAGCAACAUGUAUUGUUUCCCCACCAUGUCUCCGGUGUCUGUGGCCUCUGUGGACAUGGGCAUGGUCUCCAGCAUCGGCUCCAACCAGAAGGCCACGGCUGCUUGCCUCCAAGUCGGCAAGGAAGGGUCUCGUCCUGUGGUUGGUUGUCCUCAGGUGCAGCUCCCUCAAAGUUCACACAGUCCCAAGGACUGUGUCCAUCCACUGACCUCCUCAAUGUCCCUCACCUCCUCACCUCUGUUCUACUCCUCCUCCUCUUCCUCCUCUUCCUCCUCCUCCUCAUCUUCUCCAACCACCAACCUUUCCCUCUGUUCCUCCUCUGUUCACCUGAGCUCUGCUCCUCUCCCCACACCUCCUCUGUCCAGAGCUGGCCACCAUGACAGCAUCAGAAAUGUCCCUCCACAACAGCAACAUCAGCAGCAGCCGGACCGCCACGGCCCACUGCCCAUCGCUCUCAAGCAGGAGCCGGGCGACGAGUUGUUCCUGCCGUGCAACCAGGCGCUCUUUCACCUGAAGCACGAGGAGGAUCGAGCGCGUCUCCUCCAGGAACGCCACCACCGUCCGGCGCCAUGCGGCACCUUGCCAUCACCAUCUCCACGCAGAGAACACCUCCACUCCCACCAGUGUCCGCCCACGAACCUGAAGGACCACUGCCUCAUGGCCUCCAGGCACUCGUCCCAGGAGCCCCAGGCCCGAGCUGGGCAGCUGGACAGGGGCAGGGAGGUGGGUGAGAUGUGCACGUCCCCCGGAGACGAGCAAGCCUGCCAGUGGCUGGACUGCUGCGCCGCCUACAAGCAGACGGAGGAGCUGGUGAGGCACAUUGAGAAGGUUCACGUGGACCAGCGGAAAGGCGAGGACUUCACCUGCUUCUGGGCCGGCUGCGUCCGUCGCUACAAGCCCUUCAACGCCCGCUACAAGCUCCUGAUCCACAUGAGGGUCCACUCUGGGGAGAAGCCCAACAAGUGCAUGUUUGAGGGCUGCAGUAAGGCGUUCUCUCGCCUGGAGAACCUGAAGAUCCAUCUGCGCAGCCACACCGGGGAGAAGCCUUACCUGUGCCAGCACACCGGCUGCCUCAAGGCCUUCAGCAACUCCAGCGACCGGGCCAAACACCAGCGCACUCACCUGGACACGAAGCCCUAUGCCUGUCAGCUUCCCGGAUGUACCAAGCGUUACACGGACCCCAGCUCCCUGCGCAAGCACAUCAAAGCCCACGCCGUCAAGAUGCAGCAGCUUCGAGACCAGGUGCUGCUGUGCUCUGAGGUAGAGACGGACUGCAUGAGCGAGUGUCUGGCGCUGCACUCUCUCCUGAGCGCUGCUCCCGGUCUGAUGGAGCCCGGCUCCCCCGGGGUGACCGCCACCGCCGCCACCGCCGCUGCUCCGGAUGGGCCCCACUCACAACACUGCCACAGCUCUUUCCCAGGGGCGGAGGGUUACUCUGAAACCAGCAUCAUCCCUUUAUCAGAGGCCUUGGCCACACCCCCAGACCUGUCCCCCAUACCAUGUGACCUCCAGCAGCGUGUUGGGAGCUCUCCUCAGAAGCUAGCCCUCAUGUCCCCGGGGAGGACCCUGCCAAACAGAUUCCACUCGUCGUUGAUGUUCUCAGAAGUAAGCCUGCUUAGAGGCCGAGGGGAACCACUGGCCCAUCCCGACAGGCUGGGGUUGCUGACGGGUCAGUGUGAUCCGAAGCAUGAGGCGCUCUAUCCUGACCUAACAGGAGCAUAUCAUGACUUCCACUCAGGAGAUAUCAGUCUUCUAGACCAUCUGGCCAGUGAAGCCUCUGGAGGUCUGUUUGAGCCCAGUGGCUACUUACUCAACCCUAGCUCAACAGUGCCAUCUACAGGCUUCAGUGGGCAGGAGCACCAAGCCUCGGGCAGCCAUGUUUUCCCCUCUCUCCAGAGGAGAGUGACCCCCCAGAUGUGCCUGUGAGAGGACUGUCCUGUACAGGCAGCGGGGAGCCCUCUGGUGGAACAGAGAGGACGGACAUCAUCGCUCUCUGGGGUAGCGGGAGCAAGAGCGAAACAUGUCUCCGCACUGUGCAGUGAUCUCUCAUGAACCUGCACCCCAAAGACUGGACUGGGCUUCUCCCAUACACUCCUCACAGUGUUUCCAGUGUCUUAUCUUUCCUGCUUGUCUGUCUGUCUGUCUGUCUGUCUGUCUGUCUGUGUGCGUAACUUUCUAUUUAUCACUCACCAUUCGCCGGUCUAUCUCACAAGAAGAUCAUUACUGUUUCUUUUCUUUCUCUCUCCCUGUCAGAGCCAAUGUUUACAUUCUAAGUAGGUAUUAUAAAGUAGGUUCAUGCUGUUUUUGCACUGUUGUAAGGACACCCAUACAUGCUCUUUUGAAAAAGGCAACAUAAUUGUAGCAUCAACUAUAGUCAUCAUUUUUAUAUAGAACAAUGUGCCUCAAUGUAAUGGUUUCUCACAAGAGAAUCUGCAUUUUUAUUCCUGACAAAAAUGUUUUUAAUAAAUACUUUAU